AUGUCAGAUCGCCAAGACCCUGCGAUCUCUGCUGAACUUAAGGAAUGGCUUUUCUCAACUAUCGCAGAGUCCAUUCCUAAGGCUCUGGCAGCCUACCAUGAACGUAAUCCAGAGGUACACCCCUCUACACAACAGCCCUCUGACUCUGAGGACUCCCAUAUCUCCGACCAAGAUAGCGCCCCGCGCAAAAGACCCUGGAAAGGGAAUAGCGCUACUGCGGGCAAGGGCAAAGCUCCUGCUAAGGUCGUUAAACAUGCUAAGCCCUAUGUUUCACAGGAUGUUACAGACCCUCUAGAGGGUUCUACUUCACGUUUAUCUGGCCAUAUUCUAAGUGACUAUGACCCCAAUUACUCUGACGAGGAUCCCAUGGUGAAUGUGCCCCAGGAUUCCUCAACAUCGGAGUUCGUGAAAGAAACUUUCCUAAAUCAAGAUCACAAGAGUAAGGUACCUGACUCAGACACCCUCCUGGAUGCUUCAGGCCUUCCACUUUUUGACCCAAGGGUGAUACGCCACCCACGCUCAGCAGAAUGGGCUCCCCCAGAUCAUAUUGCUAAUUUCUGUAAACUGUGGCUUCGCAAGCCCCUCGAAAAAGAAAUCAGAAACAAACUAAGGGCUGAAUGCCCGAGACCUACUAUCCCAGGCAAAGUUGCCUCUACCCCUGAAUUUGACCCCAUGUUGGUCACCUAUUUAACAAAAUCUGGUAAAGACCCUCGGAAGGGUAUUGAACAGGGUUUGAAAGCAACCCAAGACAAAUUAUUGGACAUUUCAGGUCCUAUCAUACAAAUAUUUAUACUCGCAGAUGAGGCACUCACCAGCGGUGAAUUAGACCCGCAUAUUAUAAGAGAAUGGGCGCAGAGAGCCCUUUGCCUUCUGGGCAACGCCAAUACGGCUAUUUCAAUUGAGAGACGCAAAGCGGCACUGUACAAAAUCGAUGCCAAACUAGUGGAUUUGAGCACUAAAGAACUAGGCCCAGAGGCCGAUGGUCUUUUAUUUGGUAACAGUUUCAUGCGAGACCUCUCCAAGCAUGUCUCAGUUUUUACCACACUCAAUAAAGCCCAGUCCUCCCUACGUAGGGUGUUCCGUCCCACUUUUCAAAAUCGUUUUUCUGGGAGAGCUGGUCGCUCAAGGGGCCGAGCUACCAGUAGAGCAGCCUUUUCAGGCUACAGGCCCCGACCCACAGAGUAUUGGUCCACGGGAUACUCACGACCCUACCACAGGCAGCUGUUCAACACCAGAGGCUCAAUUCGAGGACGUGGCUCUGCAUCCCUGCGCGGACGCACUGCUUCAGGUAAUGGACCUUGCUUAUUUAAAAACUGUAUCAAUCGCAGGUCGAUUAACAUUCUUUUUCCCACAGUGGAAACUUCUUUCUCAGGAUCUUUGGAUCCUUCAUACAGUCACAGGUUUCAAAAUAGAUUUUAUCACACAUCCAGUUCAAUAUUCUCACCCGACACCCUUAGGGAUGUCAAAAGCAGAUACUCUAACCUUGAACACAGAACUGACAAAAUUGUUACACAAAGGGGCGAUCGAACCUUCGCCUUUCCCUUGCACCUUCCUCAGCAAUAUAUUUCUGGUUCGGAAAAAAACGGGGGACCACCGUCCCAUUAUCAACCUCAAGGCGUUGAAUCGCUUUAUCACAUACCGUCAUUUCAAGAUGGAAGGUAUCCAUCUUCUCAGGGACUUGCUCUGCAUGGGAGACUGGUUCUCCAGAUUCGACCUCAAAGAUGCUUAUCUGACGGUCCCUGUAGCACCAAGUCACCGUGCCUUCCUCCAAUUCCGUUGGCAAGGCGACAUUUGGCAGUUCACCUGCCUCCCUUUCGGACUUUGUUCUGCUCCAUGGUGUUUCACCAAGUUGAUGAAACCAGUCAUGGCGCUCCUUCGUUCUCAGGGCAUACGUUCAAUUAUAUAUUUGGACGAUAUCCUGAUCAUGGCACAAGAUCAGCAAUUACUUCGCAAACACACACACAUGACCUCUGCCCUCCUUCAAAACCUAGGUUUUGUCAUAAAUUACCAGAAAUCAGACCUGGUACCUUCUCAAAUAGUCCAAUUUUUGGGUUUUCAGAUAGAUUCAGUUCAAGCAACUCUACAAUUACCCUACUCCAAAAUCAAAAACAUAAAGCGAGAGAUUCAAAAAUUACUCAAGUCACAACGACCUCGACUCCGCGACCUAGCACACGUGCUGGGUCUUCUGUCUGCAUCAAUUCAGGCUAUUUUUCCAGGGCCCUUGCAUUACAGAGCAAUGCAACGGCUGAAAACCUCCUAUUUACAUCGCUCGACCUCCUACGACCAAUUCAUUUCCCUAACGGACGAAGUUCUUAUCGAACUUCACUGGUGGCUUCGCAAUAUGGAAGCCUGGAAUGGGAAAGCGAUUUUCGGAUCUCAACCAGAUUUUAUUCUGGAAUCCGAUGCCAGCCUACUCGGUUGGGGCGCUACGUGCGCCCAAUCAUACACAGGAGGUCUCUGGUCCCCGUCGGAACGAGCACUUCACAUAAAUUGUCUCGAGCUCAUUGCCGGAUCCUUCGCGAUCCGCAGCUUUGCCAAAGAAGCCUCCAACUGCUCUCUGGUACUUCGGAUGGACAACAUCUCCGCAGUACGAUAUGUAAACCGUCUCGGAGGGUCCAAAUCGAAACUACUGUCAGACCUCACCAAGGAUCUGUAUCAGUUUUGCUUAGACAGGAAUCUGUCUAUUCGGGCCGAGUAUCUCCCAGGACCCGACAAUUUAGUCGCGGACUGGUUCUCACGUCACUGGAGGGAUGCCAGCGAUUGGCAAUUAGAUCCUCUUCUAUUUCACCACAUUCACCUAUUGCGGGGACCGAUCACUCUCGACCUCUUCGCGUCUCGGCUGAAUCGUCAAACAGACGAUUAUUUCAGCUGGUUACCAGACCCUCUAUCCCUAGCUGUCGACGCUUUUCUCCAACAUUGGCCACGGGACGGAGCCUAUGCCUUCCCUCCCUUCUCCAUGAUUCAACGUACUCUCCACCAGGUCAAAUCACAGAGGGUCAAGAUUGUGAUAGUUACCCCUCUAUGGCGGGCCCAGACGUGGUUCCCCACUCUUCUGGAGCUUUCCACAGACUACCCCAUCAUUCUACCUCGCUCACAUCGGGUUCUCAAGAACUCAACGGGCGACUACCAUCCACUAGCUCUACAGGGCCACCUUCAGUUAGUGGCCUGGACAGUUUCAGGGGUGCUUGGCAUGUCGCAGGACUUUCAAGCACUGCUCAAACACUCCUAUGGGAUUCAUGGGCACCAGGAACCAGGCGCACCUAUCUCGCCGCAUGGCAAGUUUGGGUCAGCGGGUGUCUGGAGAGGGAUUUCGAUCCCGUUUCAACAUCUCUCUCAUCCAUUCUAAAUUUUCUAUCAUCCCUUUUCGAUCAGGGUAAAUCAUACCGAUCAAUUAAUGUUUUUCGUUCCGCCAUUUCGGCGGGACAUGACCCUAUUGAUAAUUCCUUAGUUGGGAAACAUCCUUCUGUGUGCAGACUUUUACGAGGCAUUCGUUUGACGAGGCCACCUUCAGCCAAAUACUCUGGCUUCUGGGACAUAUCUCGAGUCUUCGCAUUGUUAGAGUCUUGGCCUCCUAACGAGGCCUUAUCCCUUCGACAGCUCUCUGCAAAAUUGGCCCUGCUACUGUGCCUGGUGUCAUUCCGCAGAGUUUCUGACGUUCACGCUUUUGAUUCACACGCUGUCUCCUUCACACCAGAAGGGGUCCGAUUUACGAUUACUAGGCGCACUAAGACGAAUUCCUCGUCUGUUUUUUACCCAUACUUUCCCGACAGGCCAGCCCUCUGUGUGGCUCUGUGUACUCGUUGUUACACAGAGGCAACUGCCGCCCUACGUUCUCCUACCGGUCCCCUUUUCAUCUCUUAUGUCAGACCUCACAAACCGGUCUCUUCCCCCACUAUCGCUCGCUGGAUAAGAUGGUUACUUAUCCAAGCGGGAAUCGAUAGAUCAUUUGGGGCCCAUUCCGUUAGGGGAGCGGCCGCAUCCUCUGCCUUUCGGGCCGGCAGUUCAUUAGCGGAUAUUUUGUCCUGCGCAGAUUGGUCAAGGGAAUCUACCUUUCGGACUUUUUAUUUUAAACCAACACAAACACAUGCGGCUUGUUCUAUUAUUCGAGAGCGUUAAAACAGCAAAUAUGAAGCCUCCUGUCUUGCCAUAAAAUUAGGGAUUAUUCUAGCUUUUAGUGAACGAAUAAUCUGAAUUUUAUUAAAGACAGGAGGCGAAUAUUUUCCCUCCCUUCGUUCAUUCCGGAACCCACCCUCGAGGUAAGUCUCAUACUCAAUGAUUAAUGUAUGAUACCAUUAUUUACAUACAAACCUGCUAUAUACGAUUUGCUCACCUUGUGGUUAUACACCUAUCUCAUAGAGUACUGAUAGAUCUUUAUAAUCUUGAUUAUUCUGCCAAUUCGUAUGAACUAUAAUUGGAAAUAGGGGAUUCAACUAUAUAUAUAUAUUUUUUCUCUUGUCCGAGAAACCUUACUUUCACGAAGUCUCUCUUUUUCUUUUAGUGUGAAGAUCUCAAGUUUAUUCGUUCAACUUUCCGUUUACAUGGUUGA